AUGGAUGGUAUAGAUAGGAUGCCAUUAUCAGUUGAAGAUUGGAUAGACAACAUAGCAAAGAUAUCUAAAUUCAAGGAAUUCCUCUUAACAAAUGGAUUCGAUCAGUUUGAGAGCAUCAUGUUGAUGGAGGCCUCCGACUUUAGUUCUGACUUUCCAAAUGGCCAUCGCAAGCUCAUCCUUAGCAAGGUGGACAAGCUUAAACGAUUCGUGGAGGAAAGGAAUAUCAAGUUGCCCAAUGAUCAAGACCCAUCGGAUAACAUGGAGGAACUGCCUCAAAGAUUGGAGCCGUCGCAGCCGCACAUUGAAGUGGACAACAUCAAGAAGUUGUGCUCACAAGGAAUGGAUUUCACAAGCCAGGAGGGUGUCGUCACUGCGGAAAUCAGUGGAUCACCUUCAGACACUGGAGAGAGUCCUAACUACAAUGUGAUGAUUAGACUGCAUCCCAAUGGCACGGUAGUGGAGUCCACCUGCGAAUGUCCACACCAAACUGGCAAGCAAUUGUGUAAGCAUCGCGUUGCCAUUUUGUUGCACAUCAGCAUGUCCAACAAGAAUGAUCAGGAUCAGGAUCAGGGUCAGGAUCAGAUGGAUGGACAGGGGCAAGAAUAUAGCGAGAAUAGCAGUAGUGGAAGCAACAACAGCAACAACAACAACAACAACAAUAAUAAUAAUAAUAAUGGCAGCAUGGAUGAAGGGGCGGUGGGAGAGGAUGACAACGAGGAUGAUGCACCCGUGGUCGUCUCGAGACAAGUAAAUCGCAAGAGGAAGACCAAGAAGAAGCGUGCUUCCUCGUCGGACGAUGAGGAUUAUGAGAGCAAUAAUGAACAGUACUCUGGCGACGACGAUGUGGUCAAGGAGAAGAGGAAGAAGAAGCACAGGACCGGCAACAGGUUUGCCAAGAUCAGACUGGACUCAGACAAAGCGGAUAAAUGGGUGCCCAAUUUCCGUAACGCCGCUUGGGCACUGCUCGUUGCGUUGUACAAAUACGAGAUGUCGUCCGAGAGCAUGGACUACACGCCGCCCACACGAGAGGAGCUGACUGCCAGGGCCAGGGAGUAUUUUGAGUCUCCCUCCAAAGCCAACCUGUGGCGCGGCAUGGCACAACUUAUCAAACGUGAUAUGGUCGAAAUCACUGGCAAGCGAUCGGAGCGCUACGACCUGUCACCAAAGGGCCGAGUGAUGGCCAAAAAGGUUACCGAGCUCAACGACAAUGGCACUAUGAACCUAGUCGUUGAUGACGAAGACGAUGAACAAGAUCAACAGAGUGGCAACGACACAAUCGAUGACAUCAUGGACUUGGGCGACACAUCUGGCGAAAACAUUCAACAGCCAGACGAUCCAGAUCAGUACGACGACACGAAUGACAAAGAUAUAUACUCAUUGAACGAUUGGAGUGACAGCGACACUGAGCUUAUCGACUUUAUGCUCAACAACACACCUCUCACCGCCGAGCAGGCCGAGACGAUACACAACGCGAGCAUGAACAUCAUCAGUGUGCUGCUGCUCGUGGACAAUAGAGAGAUCAAGAAAGGAAUCGACAACUCAAAGCUUCUGCGAGCCCUAUCACUGAGGAAGAUCCCAUAUGAGGUGCGCUCGCUACCACUGGGCGACUUCCUCUGGGUGGCCAGGGUGCACAUGAGCGAUGACCCGCACAAGACCAUGUUUGAUGUGGUGUUCAACGUGAUCAUCGAACGAAAGCUACUCUUUGACCUCAAAGAGAGCUCAGCGGAUGGACGCUACGCCGAUCAGAAGUAUCGUUUGGAGCGCUGUGGCCUGACGCGCGUAUUCUACUUGGUGGAGGGCGACAACACUGAGAGGAAGAUCGAUCCGGUGUUCAUGGAGAACUGUCUUGUGGAGACCAGUAUAAACAAUGGAUUCCAUCCAGUGACAACAAUGGACGAGGACGACACUGUGCGGAUGUUGGAGAACAUCCAUAACAUGCUACUGCGCGAGCCUCUCAAGCAUCUGACAGACACGUGCUUUGAGGAGUUUGUGAGCAAGGCCGAGCACACACCAAUCACAACACAGAGCGCGUUUGCCAGAUUCCUGCUGAACAUCAACAGCAUGACCGAUGCCAAGGCACUGGCUAUCGUCAAUCGCUACCCCACAAUGAACUCACUGCGCAUUGCCUACGAUGAAUCGUGCGCCACCAAAGAGGAUCGCGUCAACAUGCUCACACACAUCGUUGCCAAUGAUCAACGAGGUACACCAAUCAGUCAAGUACUCAGUCGUCUUGUCUACGAGGUCUAUCAUGGCAAUGAAGCUUAG